CCUGCAUCCCUUCUCCCGAGUCUCCUCUCGUCUCCUCUCCACGCGCGCGCCAUCUCUGGGAGAGCACGCAAGAAGGCAUCCAUCCAUGGACCGACUGCUUAAGUGCCCAGCUAACUAUGUCCCUCUCACCCCCACCACCUUCCUGUCGAGGGCUGCCGUCGUGUACUCCGACCGCACGUCGAUCGUAUACGGGCAGACCCGCUUCACGUGGAAGCAGACCCAUGAACGCUGCCUUCGCCUUGCUUCGUCCCUCCGCUCCCUCAACGUGUCCAAGAACGAUGUGGUGUCGGUGCUCGCGCCAAACGUGCCGGCGCUUUAUGAGAUGCACUUUGGGGUGCCCAUGGCGGGGGCUGUGCUCAACACCAUAAACACCCGCCUCGACGCCGGGAACGUGGCCAAUAUCCUCAAGCACUCGGAGGCCAAGGUGUUCUUCGUGGACUACCAGUACGUCCGACUCGCCGUCCAAGCGUUCGAUCGCCUCCUCGGCGACGGCCUGCAGCUGCCUCUGGUCGUCGUCAUCGACGACGUCGAUGCUCCAACGGGCGUUCGGCUCGGGGAGCUCGAGUACGAGCAGCUGAUCGCCCGCGGCGAUCCCACGCGCCAUCCUUGCCCGGUUCUCGACGAGUGGGACGCCAUCGCGCUCAACUACACUUCCGGGACGACGUCAGCGCCCAAGGGUGUGGUCUACAGCCACCGCGGCGCCUACCUGAGCACCCUCAGCCUCCUCCUGCAGUGGGGGGUCGACAACGAGCCGGUCUACCUCUGGUCCCUUCCCAUGUUCCACUGCAACGGCUGGACCUUCACCUGGGGCUUGGCGGCGCGCGGCGGCACCAACAUCUGCAUCAGGGCCCCCACCGCCCGUGACAUGUACCGCGCCAUCGCUGACCACCGGGUGACCCACAUGUGCUGCGCCCCGACCGUGUUCAGCAUCCUCCUCGAGGCCGGGCCCGCCGACCGGCGACCCAUCGCCUCGCCGGUCCAGGUGCUCACCGGCGGCGCGCCGCCACCGGCUACGCUCCUCGAGAAGAUCCAGCGGUUGGGCUUCCACGUCACCCACGCAUACGGCCUCACGGAGGCCACCGGGCCGGCGCUGGUAUGCGAGUGGCGCCAACAGUGGAACCGCCUGCCGAUGGAGGAGCAAGCCCGGCUCAAGGCCCGGCAGGGGAUCAGCGUGCUAACCCUCGCCGACGCCGACGUCAAGGACACCGACACCAUGUCGAGCGUGCCGCGCGACGGGGAGUCCCUGGGCCAGAUCGUCCUACGAGGUAGCAGCAUCAUGAAGGGCUACUACAAGAACCCCGACGACACCGCGGCCGCGUUCAAGGACGGCUGGUUCCUCACCGGCGACCUCGGGGUCGUCCACCCGGACGGGUACGUGGAGAUCAAGGACCGGGCGAAGGACAUCAUCAUAUCCGGCGGCGAGAACAUCAGCAGCCUGGAGGUGGAGGCGGUGCUGUACCGGCACCCGAUGGUGCUGGAGGCCGCGGUGGUGGCGAUGCCGCACCCCCACUGGGGCGAGACUCCCUGCGCAUUCCUCAAGGUAAAAAAGGAAACCCAGGAAGGGAGCAUCAACGAGGAGGACAUCAUCUCCUACUGUCGCAACAGCAUGCCCCGGUUCAUGGUCCCCAAGAAGGUGGUGUUCAUGGAGGAGCUGCCCAAGACCUCCACGGGAAAGAUCCAAAAGUUCUUGCUAAGGAAGGCUGCUCGCGGCCCACAAGGGGGCGCCGCGGCGCCGCUCUGCAAACUGCCUCAGGCAGCAUCCGGCUACGGGAACACCACCCGCCACUCCGAGGUCCAAGAGCAAGUACUAGCCAUGGCGAGGCUGUAGGAACGCGACAUGACCGAUUGCAUGGGAAGAAGCACCACCAUUACACGUCCGAGCUUGUGUGUAGCUGUUGUCUUAGUUCUUGUUUACGCUCCUCCAUAUUACGCAUUCCAAUACAGAAGAGUAGUAAGACACUGUUGUAUUAGUUCAUAGUAGCCAAUGCGAACAGCUCACUUCAUUUUGUCUCAUGACUAAAGGAAGUGGACUCGACUUCACUGUU